GCGAAUGGUGCCUUGCUUGGCGAAUGGUACGAGGUGCCUUGCUUGGCAACAGUCACCACUACUCAGCAGUUGUCAGCACGGUCUCCUCCUCCUACCAUUAUCCUUAAGAUAACCUUGUACAACAAGUCAGUAUUUAUCUAUAUCUACCUUCACUCAGUGUGUGAUGAUAAACGUUAAUUGAAUGUUUCGAUUAGCCGCCUCCUUGUUGCCAGAGAAGGCUGUCCAGAGUCUCACUGCUGCUUAUUUUCGAGCUAACGCCUGGUACAACAUCGGUGGGGGUAAAUUUCACAGUUCUCAAACCUCUAUUGAUCACGCCACAAUGAAAAUACAAAUUUUGCCAGCACUCUCUGAUAACUACAUGUACCUGUUAAUGGAUGAAAGUAGUAAGGAAGCAGCUAUUGUAGACCCUGUGGAUCCCAAAACUGUGUUAGCAGCUGUUAAAGAAGCUGGAGCCACCCUUACUACAGUUCUCACCACUCACCACCACUGGGACCAUGCUGGAGGAAAUAAGGAACUGGUUGAGAUGUUUGGAAAGCCCCUGAAAGUAGUGGGAGGCGAUGAUCGUAUUGGCGCACUUACCCAGAAAGUCAGUCAUGGAGACACUUUUAAUGUAGGUUCCCUGAAGAUAGAGUGCCUUUUCACACCAUGCCACACUCAGGGACACAUUUGCUAUAAUGUUACUUCUGAUGACCCUGAGCACAAACCUGCAGUAUUUACAGGGGAUACUCUGUUCCUUGGUGGAUGUGGCAAAUUUUUUGAAGGAAAUGCUGUCGAGAUGCAUAAAGCUCUGAUUGAAAUACUCGGUGCUUUACCAGAUCCCACAUAUGUUUAUUGUGGACAUGAGUAUGCCUUACAAAAUCUCAUGUUUGGCUUGCAUGUAGAACCAAACAAUACUGCAGUGUCUGAGAAAAUUGCUUGGGUUCAGAAGCGACGUGAUGAAGGGUUACCUUCUGUCCCUUCUACUAUAGGUGAGGAGAAGCAGAUCAAUCCCUUCAUGCGGGUAACAGAAGCUACAGUCCAGCAACAUGCAAAAACAUCAGAUGCAGUAGCAACCAUGGCUGCCAUUAGAGCGGAGAAGGACAACUGGAAGGCACCCAAGCUUUAGAUACAGUAUGAAGAAAUGUAACUUAUCAGUUGGCAAUAAACUGGGUUUUUAAUGUGAAAAAGAUUUUGUUAAUGAAGUACAGUAUCUAUAACGGUGAUAAUCAUAAGUACUUUGAGGAAUGUCAAAAUCUACUGUAUUACUCCACUGCCACUUGACUUCAAAGGGCCUCAACCCUUGCAAUGUCUGUCAUCAGAAAAGUAAUAUCUAAGACUUUCCCAAGCUUAUGAUAUUUGAUUUUCAUUAAUGAUAUAAAUUUAAACACUGUAGUGGUACAUGGUACUAAAAAAAAUAUCUUGGUUAAUAUGUGGUUGUAUAGUAAAGUCAUAUUUGUAUUUAAUUUUAUUUUAUUUUCUAUUCUACUACAAGUGCAUAUUUUAUCAGCUUUUGGGAUAUAGUAUGGAGCAGGUACCCGAAGCAACUCUACUUGUUGUUGUGUAUAAUUUUGAAUAUUCCUUGUCUGAGUUUGUAGGAUGGAUUUUAGGCAAAAUAAUUUCAAAUUCAAGUUCAGACUUACACAAAAUUGCUUUGAGCCAUGGACAGACUAGACCCUACAUUGAUAUUAUUAACAAAGGUUCUGCUAGCCAUCUACAAAGUUUCAAGCAGUAUACAAAGGUAUUUUGGAAGGUACAGUAUUUCAUUUCUGUAUAUAAUUCAAUUAAGUCUAUUCUGUAUGUAGUAAUUUGAAAAUAUGCACAAGUCCAUUGCUCAGGGAAAUAUAUGAUAAAACUCUUUAGUAUCUAACUACAAGUAGUAGUUUAAUUAAUAAAGUUUGAAUAAUAGUCAUGCAAAACUUGUUUAGUGUGCAUGGUUGAUAUACAUCAACAAAGGGCCAUAAAAAAAGAUAAUAAACCAUUACAUAAUU